GGACCGCCCUCCUGAGCACGUCCCGCCCUCUUUUCCCCCCUCCCCCCCCCUCUGCACAUCAUUUGCUAGAGGAUGUCCACUGACGAGAACGUCUGCGCUGAGGCUGUCGCGCCUGCCGUGGCCGUCGAGGCCGCCGCCGCCGCUGCCCCGCAGAAGCCUACUGGCGCCAAGAAGGCCCCCAAGCCCAAGGCUGUGGAGUUGAAGAAUGCCAAGGGCACCCGCGACUUUGGCCCCUUCGAGAUGCGCAUCCGCGAGAAGGUCUUCCAGAUCAUCACCGACACCUACAAGCGCCACGGCGCCGUGCAGAUCGACACCCCGGUGUUCGAGCUGAAGUCUCUCCUCCUUGGCCAGUAUGGCGAGGACUCCAAGCUGAUUUACGAUCUGGCGGACCAGGGCGGUGAGAUCCUUGCCCUCCGCUAUGACCUGACCGUCCCCUUCGCGCGCUACCUUGCCAUGAACCGCAACAUCAAGAACAUCAAGCGCUUCCAGAUCGCUAAGGUCUAUCGCCGUGAUAACCCCCAGAUCCAGCGUGGUCGCCUCCGUGAGUUCUACCAGUGUGACUUCGACAUUGCUGGCGACUUCAACGCUCCAAUGGUCCCCGAUGCCGAGGUCCUGUCGAUUGCCGAUGAGGCUCUGCGCAAGCUGGAGCUUGGCCCCUUCACCAUCAAGGUCAACCACCGCAAGCUGCUGACCGCCGCCCUCGGUAUGGCCGGUGUGCCGGAGGACCUGCACCACACUGCCUGCUCGUCGAUUGACAAGCUGGACAAGCAGUCCAAGGCCGAGGUCCAGAAGGAGCUCGAGCAAAAGGGUGUCACCGCCGAGGCGGUGCAGAAGUUCUACCUCAUGGUGGACACCGUCACCCAGGAGUCCAGCAUGCAGGUGGCUCUGGAUAAGCUGCGCGACAUUCUGGCCUCCACCACCGGGGUCGAUGCCGAGGCGGCCGCCGCUUGGACUGCUCCCCUGGAGGAGCUGGUCCUGCUGGAGAAGUAUCUCCAGGCUCUCGGUGUGACCAGUGUCAAGUUCGAGCUCAGCCUCGCUCGUGGUCUGGACUACUACACCGGCCUCAUCUUCGAGGCUGUCCUUGAGGGCGCCCUGGUCGGCUCCAUCGCUGGUGGCGGCCGCUAUGACAACCUUGUUGGGAAGUUCUCCCCCCGUAACAACAUCCCCUGCGUCGGGUUCAGCCUCGGCGUCGAGCGCAUCUUCUCCAUCCUCGAGGCCAAGGUCAAGAAGAACGCGGAGGCCGAGCUUGCUGCCACCCAGGUCUACGUGAUCUCCAACUCGAAGGAGUCCAUCACCGAUCGGAUGGCCAUCUCCUCCAAGCUGUGGGCCGCCGGCAUCAACACCGAAUUCUCUCACCGCGCCAACCCCAAGCUGCUGGACCAGUUCGGCCACUGCGAGAAGAAUGGCAUCCCCCUGGCGGUCAUCUACGGCGAUGCGGAGAAGGAGAACAAGGUGAUCAAGAUCCGCAAUGUCAGCACUCGUGUCGAGACCACGGUCCCCUUCGAGGACCUGGUCUCCGAGCUGACCAAGGCCAUUCAGUCUCUGGAGCUCUGAUCGCCGAGACGCGACGUGACCAGGGUUACCAAGCGCGGGCCCGCGGGCCGCGGCGGGGUGACGAUGGCGGCUCGGCCUGGCCCGGUCCGAUUUUCGCCUCCCGUGUAUGACAAAAGUGUGUGGAAAGGCGCACACGCGCGGCUUUCCAUCUUUGAUGAAGCAAUAUACCCCUUUGUGACCCCCCCCC